UAGGUGGCGACAUAACAUUUCUCUUGUGUGGAAUAUUUCUCUGGUGUGAAAGGUCAGGCGGACGCUAGCGACUUCCUUUCCCGUUAACGUCGGCCGUAGAGCACCAUCAAGAUGGGCAAGUUCAUGAAACCCGGAAAGGUGGUGAUGGUCCUGGCUGGACGCUACGCCGGACGCAAAGCUGUUAUUGUCAAGAACAUUGAUGAUGGUACAGCAGACCGCCCUUACAGCCAUGCGCUGGUCUCUGGCAUCGACCGCUACCCUCGCAAGGUGACCACAACCAUGGGCAAGAAGAAGGUUGCCAAGAGGUCUAAAAUCAAGGCCUUCGUCAAGGUUUUCAACUACAACCACCUGAUGCCAACCAGAUACUCUGUUGACAUUCCCCUGGACAAAACCGUUGUCAAUAAGGAUGUCUUCAGGGACCCUGCUCUGAAGCGCAAAGCCAGGCGUGAGGCUAAGGUUAAGUUUGAGGAGAGAUACAAGACAGGCAAGAACAAAUGGUUCUUCCAGAAGCUCAGAUUCUAAACCCUCAAUUGUUUCUCAAAUAAAUGUGUAAAAAGUA